UACGGUUGCUUUGUCCGUAUCUGCAUCUGCGUCUGCGUCUGCGUCCAUUCUUAAUUUACUAAUAUUGCUCAAAAUAAAUUUGUUGAAUAUGUUCAAUCAAAGUAACGUGUAUUUUCUGUGUUUGCUUGUUAUAGCCUCCAGUUGUCUUAUUUCCAACGUGGACUGCUAUCGUCGCGGAUUAAAGCGCGGAACAACAACACCACCACCAACCACAAGUAGUCCAGCUCCAUUAACGGCUAAGGAAUACUUGGAUAGCAAGUCGAGUUUUUCAACGUUCGGCAUCAUUGCCAUUAUAUUUUCGAUCAUUGUAGUAUCUUUAGUGUUUUACUAUAGCAUCAUGUGUUAUCCGUUCUUGUGUCGCGAUGAUAAAAAGUAUCGAUUUAUGGAUGUAUCAUCCACAAUUACUGCAGCUACAUCCCGUUCAAUACAAUCGAUAGAGAAUUAUCCGGUUGACCAGAAGCAUCAUCAUCAACUUGCCUAAGCUAUUGGCUUAUUUAUGAUAUAUAUACAGGUAUAUCAGGUAGUGCUCAUUAAUGUUUGCACUUUAUAAAACUCGGAAAUUAAGCUCAAGAUAUCUUUUUUAUCAACUAAGGAGAUUGUGACAGACUUAUUUUUGGAUAUUCUUUACAAAUAGCCAUAAGAAAAAAGGCGAUCUUCUAUAUAGAUUGUACUUAAAAUGCCCUACAUACAAAUAUGUGUACUUAAUCCGUUCUUUAAUUAU